UAGUUCAGGCCGGCGCCGCGCGCCAAGCUCCUCUCGAAGUGGAAUACGUGUAGACUUGACCGCAAAUCGGGGAUUGCGUACAUUUACCCAGUGUGACACAAAAAUUUUCAAACAUCAAUUUUUCUCCGUCGAAAGCAACUUCUCUGAUGACUGAUUUUCCUUGGUCGAUUUAAACAUACUUCGCCUAUUGGAAUCACAGAAAAUGUUGAAAAUCAUGGUAAUUUUUCAGAUUUGAAGGAGUUCACUUUCAAGGUGAGAUCUGCUUGCCGUGGUGACGACACAGUUUGAGGUCAAUCACCACAGUAUAGCGUUGAAGAUAAUGCCGGGGAUUAAUUGCCAAUUCAACAUAUUUAUCGUGCUUGGUCAACAUAUGCAUGGAUCUGUCCUGAUUCUUAAGCCCUGGUAAAUAUGUGUGGCAAAUUUUAGCCAAGAUUGUUUGGGGAAAAUGAGGAAAACCGACAUUUUCUCUUCGGCAAUUCGAUAGCCCAACAUGGCGAAAAGCCGUAAGAUGUGUUUGUUACGUCAACUUUGGAGGAAGGAAUUUGGAAUUUCUCGUUGAUUUUCAGCAAAAUCACGAAGCCAAUAUUUUCAACCAUAUAAAGGAUGUAAGCGUACGCUCGAUGGUCAGGAUACAGAAACAAGCAGCUCAUCUCCUGUUCCCUGCUACCGUCCAGGAAUGUACAAGUACGUGAGGUUCAUUUUUCUUUGGAUCAUGGAUAGCCAGCACUUUGGCAGCAAGCAGGACUGAUAUUCAGCAUCGACACUGAGAUGGACCGUAGGACCUUCUGUUGUAUCGGCAUCAUCGCUUUCAAAGAAUGCACGACCCCUGAAGAUGCCCGUGGCUUUGGAGAAUGCUCGAGCGUGCACGGUGUAAGGAAGCAAGAUGACACGCGAAAACGUUUGCGCGACUGUCUGUCUCAGUGUUGCCAUUCCAAUUGUGGUCUUGAUCUUGACAGCUGUGCUGAGUACCACGGCUCAAUCUUCAAGUUCACCUGGAACUGGUACCACUGAAGUCCCAGACGUCACAACUGCAGAUGAUUUAGCCUUUGUACACAAUGGUACAACGUCGAUGACAUCGACAGGCGACAGUGACACAUCGAGCAGCGACAGCAGCCCUGCUGUCACAAUCGAACCCGGGCCAUUAGACUCAAUGACGUCUGAGGGCGCCCCUACAACGGGAAUGCCUGACAGAAAUACCGCUUCAACUGCCAUUCCGUCAGCUGAGACUUCCACAGUUGCUGGGGGAGCAUCUACUGGACCUAACACUCUUCCGACUGGUGGCGUGGUGUCCACCACGCCAGGCAGUAGCGAGGCGUCAACCGGCUCACAGGCAUCCGGCACACUGCCGACAAGCGGCCCUGAGACGGACCACCAAACUCAAACUAGUAUGCAGCCUGAAACGCAAGGGACUGAUGUAGGCGAGGGGGGCACAAGCUCACAGUCUCCGAAUACUGGAAGCACCGAUACCCCUGGCAUCAGUUGUUACACUUGCACUACCACCAACAUGUCUGACCCUUGCUUCGGAGAACAGGGAGAAGGCCGGCGAAGCGCGGUGUGCGCAGCUGGAGAGUUUUGCUGGACUACCCGGCAUAACAAUGCUAAGACAUUUGUGAACCUGACAAGGGGCUGCAGCCCAGAUAGCUGUAAGAAGGAGCACAAGGAAUCCGAGGGUGCUGUUUUGUGUCAGUCCAUGCAGGAUGCAGAGACCUGCACUCAGUGCUGCGAGAAGAACCUGUGCAACAAGCACAAGAACACCGCAGGGAUGGCUCCCUCAGGGUGUCUGUGGGGAGUUCUGUUGUCUGUUGUGGCCGUCUUGGGAUUAAUUCACUACUAAUUUGUGUAGUGGUGGUAUGACGUCGUAAGUCAUCCGUAACGAUAGCUCUGCUUGUAACACCAAGUUUAUUUUGUCAAGGAUUUCUCUGGGAUAUGAAUUCACUCUGCAAGGUAAAACUAAAAUUUACAGAGACGUGUUGUUAAACCACUUUUUCUAACUGAUCAAUAAGAGAUUAACUGCAAAAGUCGACCCUUCGCCGAUGAAGACCACGGCUGCGGCUUUUAUGAUUUUUGUCAGAUACUGAUGAUCGUGAUUUAACAGAUUUCAAAGAUUUAGUAAAAACGACGUCACCAUUUAUCGCGUUGCCAGUAUCUAAAAAUUCCAACAACGAUGAUUUUUGACAGAAAUCUCCCCUUCGAGGAAACGAUGACGAUUCGUGUAUAAAUUGGGCUAUUCUGGUGUUUAUAUUUCUCAUUUGUAGUAUGCAUUUUUGUGGUUCGGUUUUGGUUGUGGUGAUGUAUCUUUGCUAAACUUUAAUGCCACAGACACACUGAUGUUCAAGACCAGAAGAAGAGGUGGAAUCGCUUCAGUGAUUUUAACAAGAAGGAAUUUUCUUGCAAAAAUUGAGAACAGUCGGUACAUUUUAUUUCCCAGUACGCACUUACACUAAACUUUUGUACUAACACAGCCAGAACAUUGCCUAGAUUUGGUUGUUUUUUGUUUUGUUUUGUUUUGUUUGUUUUGUUUUUUGUUGUAUAGGUCGACGUUUUGUGUUUAAAAAAUAUAUUACCUUGAGAGGUUUGAAUCCGUGUCUCCGUACUUGUACUCCCGUGGUUGUUUACAUUUGGAAACAAUAACCCUCUGGCUCAGUGAAACUUUGUACGUUAAGUUACAACGACCUCUCCGUUGACCCAGAGAGCGGGACCGGAAAUUUAAUAGAGAUAUCUGUAUUAAAAACAGGACGUAAAAAUACAGAUAUUUCUGUAAGGAAUAAUUAGAGAUACACUAAAAAUAGAGAUAUCUGUAUACGCAGAUUAAAUGUUAACUUUGCACGCCAUAUCCCGGGGUACAUUUUCUUGGAAGCAAUGAAUUCGGGAUAAAUUAUGUUCAAGACGAGUAUUGUCGAAUCCAAAUAUUGGAAGUGUAAAACUAAGAAAGCCGAUUUUUCUCAUUGUUGAUUCACAUUUUCAAAUACUUCAAUUAAACUAGUUUAAUUUUCAUGUUGUUCAAAUUGACUCAUCCAGCUCUUUGCUUCUAAAAUUUAGAGGUAAACGAUAUUGCUUGUAAAAGGUAGAAAAGGGAACACGUUUGUUGGAGUCUCUUUAUUCAUUUGGGGGAUCUGUUUGUUUGUUUGUUUGCUUGUUUUUUGGGGUGUCGGGUUGUUUGUUUUUUAGAGUUGUGUGUGUUGCAGAUGAGGUAGCACUGUAUAUUAAUGAUUCAUUCAUGAAAACAAGACACAAACCCAACUAUCGAGUGCAUUGAUUUAUACUGUUCAAAGAUUCCCAAUUUUGGGAUCACAGAAUUGCCUUAAGUACUCACGGGUUCUCUGUGUUUAGUUAGGGCAUUUUAUAAAAGUGAGCUGAAAAUUAUUUCGACGUUUGCAAAAUUACAGUAAAUUUUUAUUGAGACACGUAUAUGUAUGUAUAUACUUUUAGGGCAACAGUCUUGCUCAAAAACAAAAAAAAGGUUUUUGCAGCUGUAUUUAACAUACAUGUGCCAUAUUGUUUUAUGGAGCUGACGGGAAAAAUGGGUUGUUAACGAAGAGCUUGGGGCGCUAUAGCCUGUGCGAAAAAAGAGGUGCUACGAAGGGUACCGUCCACUCAUUCAGGCCUCAUUGAAAACAAUGGAAAAUCACCAUUGUUCAGAGCUCAAUAAUGUGCAAGCCAACAUCCCUGGGGUGUCUCCAAAAAAUGUAAUUAUUAUUUGGUCAUUAAUCUUUCAAUUUCUUUUCAAUUUUGGGGGGUUAACCAGUUACAUCUUUAAUUAUUCACCCAAAACAAAACCAACCCCCCCCAAAAAAAGUCGAAGUUCUGAAGUCAACACGCAGCCAUUUCUCAUAUGGUAUGCCUCUACUUUCCGGGCCUUUGGGACCAUUUUUCAACCGCAUUUUUUUAAAUCCCAUCUGCCCUCAGAUGGAAGCCCAAAGAACUAGGGACUUGAUCCAGGCAAGGAUUUACAUAAAUUCACCAUAUUGGGGACCAAACAAUCCCCUUUUUCGAAAGAUACUGUAGUGACACUUUUAAUGCUAAUGAGCCUGGCGGAGAUUAUUGCUUGAAUUAGUGGACUGCCCCCCCCCCCCGAAGGCCGCCCACAGCAUUAGCCUUUUAGAGGUAUAGCGGAAACAAUGGGAGGGCGCUAUUUGGUUUGGGUAAAAUCACAGACAUGCGUUUAUAUGUCUGCGGGUGAAAUCCUUUGUGUUUGCUCCAAAUGUACCACUUCAAAUAGCGCCCUCCUAUUGUGUCCGCCAUACUUCUAACAGGCUAAUGGAUGCCAUAAUAAUUAUGCUUGUGUUUGUGACAGAUACGCCGAAUAUGUUUUGGAGGCUUUGUCAUCAUAGUGACCCUUGUCAUUCUGCUCGUUUUUAGCAACAAAGGUGAAUCAUUGGAGUGCUAAGAAUUAAAGGCUUUACUGUAGCCGCAACAACAAUGUUGCUUUUAGUCGACUGAUAAAAAAUUACAAUAAUUUUAAAGAGUUUGGCAUGGAAUGCAGUUGUUAGCAUCUUUAUAAACUGUUGAGUACAAAAAUUAACUUAAGUAAAGAACCCAGAUUUAAUUACUGCCUUUUCUUUUGUCCUGAAAACAAUUAUUAGAACAAGUGUUGGGGAAUAUUUAGAGUAUUAAAAAGAAACAUUGUUUACCAUUUUCAUCUGUUCAGACCGCUUUCAAAAAUACCUUUAAUUUUAAUUGAUUAUGUUUUUUCGCAUAGCCUUCCUGAGUGUUUUAUUGCACAGCCUACACUGAUGUGAGGUGCAAUGAUUUCAAAGAUGUUUUCCUAAAGAAAGUGGUUUCUUAGUUUUUUAACCGGGGGUGACGAAGCCAAAACCACAGCGAAAAAUAAUAUGUACACUUGCAGUGUGCAUCUAAUACAAUAAUUACUGCUUGAUGUGAGGCCUGUCUUUGUCACUGAUGGUGAAAAUUGACCUUUUCACUAAUAAAUUCACAAUUAUGCACGCGUGCGCACAAAUGGCCUUGGUUGCAAGAAAUGUCAGCUAUUGAAAAAGGUACAGAGUUGUGACUUUAAUGACCAUUUUCUCUCAGGUUUUCUGGCUUUGUGCAGUUUUUUUCUUCAGAAAAUCCUAUUAAAUCGUUUUUUUUAUUA